CGUCCUUGCCGCUUAGCUCAAAGUCGUCGCCCUCCUCCCUCUAUUUAUUCGCCCCACCCCUCGCUCGAGCUCGCUCGCACCUUUGCCACCCCCCACCCUCGAUCCAGAGACGCACGAGCCAACCUUGCUCUCAACCGUUAAUUUCCUCUCUCCACGACUCGACGCCGCACGACAAACCAGCGGAGGCGCUCGCGCGCUCGCCUUCUCCUCGCCCUCCAUUUGAACAACCCCUUCAAUUAACUCCUCCUCGAUCGCUAGCUCUCUCUCUCUCGUUGCCUCCUCGAUCUCCUUGAAUCGAUCAGCGGCAACCAGCCUGAUCGUUGUUUGCUAGUUAGUUAAUUUCCGUCGCCGAUGCCGACGACGCCUCGUCGCAAGGAGCCAUGAACCGCUGCACCGACGUCGAGAUCAGGAACGCGCUGCGCCUCCUCGCGCCCAAGCCCACCGAGGACAUGUCCCGCCUCCACCAGGCCUACGACCGCGGCUAGCUUAGCGAGUAGCUGCUACUAGCGUUCAUAAUCAUUCUGUGUUCCAUCGCUCGAGUUCUUGAACACGAAGAGGAGCUUAGUAGUUUGUGUCAGCUGUUAGUUUAAUUUGUGCAUAGUUCGCUGCGCGCGGCGACGACGACGAUGAAGGAAGGAGGAGGAGGAGGAGGGGAGAGGAGGAACAUCCUGGCCAAGACGAUCGACAGGUGCCGGUCGUCGCUGGGGCACCGGACAACGAGGCGCCCCGCCUCCGCCGCCGGCGGCGGCGGCUACGGCGGCGCGGCCGUGCCGGCGGGGUUCUUCGCGGUGCUGGUGGGGCCGGAGAAGGAGCGGUUCGCGGUGCGGGCGCGGUGCGCCAACCACCCGCUGUUCCGGGCUCUGCUGGACCAGGCGGAGACGGAGUACGGGUUCGCCGGGUGCGAGGGCCCCCUCGAGCUCCCCUGCGACGUCGACGCCUUCAUGGACGUCAUGUGGGAGAUGGAGCAGGCCGACCCCGCCGCGUCCCCGCGCUGCGGCGCGCGCUUCGGCGGUCCCGCCGCCGCCGGCAGCGGCAGGGGCUACGGGGGCCACGGCCACCACCACCAACACCAGGGGUACCAGAUGAUGAGCACCCCGGCGAGGCUCCUCGUCGCCGGCCGCUCGUGAUCGAUGUCUCGGCAUCUCUCGCGACGCCGGCCAUCGCCGGCGAUCUCGUCGUGCCCGUCCUUAGUUAAUCAAUUUGCUGUCUGCUUGUAAGUACUAUAGUAGGCACGUGUUGGGCGCAUGCAGAGAGAGGUUUGUUCACCUGCUUGCUUGCUUUGCUAUGCUAUGACUGUGAUAGGGUAGGGGUGUUCAAGUUCAACUGUUCAUGUCAACGUUUGUUUCCAUGUCGCGUUCGAUGUAUCUCUGUAAUCGUAGUUUUGUAUGUGUGAGUGAUCUCAUGCGUGUUCAACCAACCCCUAAGUCGAUAAAAGAUCGAUGCAUGUACAUGCAUGGUGUUUUGUUCAGUGUUAACUGUGAAUCACUAUGAAUAAAAAGACUAUAGUGAAUCUCAGUUCUGAAUUUCAACUA